AUGUCCACCUCUCGAUCCCCUCAUCUCUCUGGUGACUCUGUUACCCAGUUUUUUAUUGAAGCCAAUCGGGUCAUCACAGAAGCUCGUUUUCUCAUUAGCUCUAUUCCAAAUGCAGACCGGGUGGCAGCCCUAGGCUUUAUUAGGCAGCUCCAGAUGGUUCACACCAUUCUCCAGUCCUUAGAUGAUCCUCUCACCACAUCAGAAGAGAAAGAGAGCCUUUCAGCUCUUCGUCUCUGGCGAGAUGUGCGCAAGGACAGCCUAGAGACCUUCCGACAAAUCUUCAUGCACCUGGAAGCGCAGCAACUCCUGGAUAUGAACAACAACUCCCAUCGUGUCUGCUUGUUCCUCGUAUUCCAUAAGCGCAUCCAAGACUCACUUGAUCGCUCUCGCCAAGCCUGGAAUAGCCACAAACUCCGCACUGAGCACAACAUGUCGCCCCAUGCUCUGUAUGAGCUCAGCAAAGAAGAGGCCAUCCAGCGCGGUUACUGGACAGGUGACCCCGGUGACCCAGCAGAGAAUAUCGACAGUAUGUAUGGCGUUGACGACAGCGCUCCCAUUCCUCCAGCCGACGACAUCAGAGGGGAUCCUACUGCUCCUCGCCAAGAGCCUAGUGCCACAAACCCAGAUGCACAAAAGAGUGCAGGCAUCAUGCUCAAUACCGACGAGGAGAUAGAGGAGGCUAGGAGGGUACUCCAUGAUGUGGACAUGGAAAGGGACGACAGCAACUGGGGGAUUGAGGUAUAUAUUGAGGCACUAACAGUGUUUAUGGCAAGGGUGGGCUCGAUAUAG